ACAUCCGGGUCACUGGUUUCACUACAAUCAGUGCCAUUAGCUGUUGCCAUUAGCUCGUCAAAAUGCAAACGUCCUUUAGUGGAAAAUCGCUUUAGUUCAUCUCUGCAGGUUUUGUUUUCUUUGACGUGCUUUCAAGAUGUUGUGCAAGCAGCCAGCGGGAAAGGUGAGGUUGGAGAUAACAUCCACUGGAGGACGCUGGAUGAUGGGAAGAGAGAAGCUGAGGCCAGCGGACUGCCAAUCAUGCUCAUCAUCCACAAAACCUGGUGUGGAGCCUGCAAAGCACUGAAGCCCAAAUUUGCAGAGUCCAAGGAAAUCUCUGAACUUGCACACAACUUUGUUAUGAUCAACCUGGAGGAUGAGGAGGAGCCAAAGGAUGAAACCUACAGCCCAGAUGGAGGAUACAUUCCUCGGAUUCUUUUCACAGAUCCCAGCGGCAAAGUCCAUCCUGAAAUCACCAACAAGAACGGAAAUCCAAACUACAAGUACUUCUACAGCAACGCCGAGCAGUGGGUGUCCGGUAUGAAGGAGGCGCAGGAGAAGCUGACGGGCGACGCCUCCAAGCAGGGUCACACCGGAGACGAGGCGGGGGUGUGGAGGGGCAGAGGGGCGUCAGGCUGAAGGGCUACACCCCACCCCACCCCCGAGCCUCAGCAACACCCCCCACACAGAACUGAACCAAGACAACCAUUAAAAUCGGUGCUUGAGUAUUUCUUUUUGUCCUGUACGGUAUUUUUUCCAACACUUCCUGUUGUCGUCUACUGUUAAUGCCAUGUACUGUAUCUGUAGACUAACACCAACACAACGCUAGCCAAGUUAGCUGCCAUUACCUCUCACUUGCAUACACUGUUUUGGAAUGGAAACCUCUGGAAAAUGCCAAGUUUGAAGUACAUUUCCAUGUUUGUCACAAUAUGUGAGUCUUUUUGAAGUUUCCCCUAACACCUUGUAUUGCAACUUUUGUAAUAUUUAUGCUUUUACCCAACAAAUGAUAGUGUUUCAUUUGACAUAUUAACAUCUACAGUAAUGUGCUUCCAAAUAUCCUCUACAGUACGUUUAUUAUAAUGUGUUGUUUACCAUGCACAACAACAGGCUCCGUACUUCUGAUUUGUUAUCCUCGGUCUUUAAGCAAUAUUACGUAUUCAUUUAAACCUGCCAAUUAAUGUAUACUUUAGCUAUAUCUAUAAACUUGUUUUCCUGUUGGGGGUUUGUUUGGCUGCUCGUGAAGUGACAACCACUCGGUACCUGUUUUGUUGGUUAAAACUCUUUGAAUGAGGGAUGAACACAUUGGUAAUGUGUCUUGAUGUAUUUUAUACAUGUACACAGCCUGGUGUGCAAAUAAAGUUUGUUGAACUCA